AUGUCCUCUCUGGCUGGCGCCCUGGACCUUCCAGUGAAACAAACAACACAGGUGGUUCAAGAUGAAGAAAUGGAAGAUCUCUUUGGCAAUGACGAGCCUGAGUAUGACUUGCAAGUCGCGUCAGCCGUAGCCUCAGAGGACGACAUUCCCACCGAAGAGCGAGUGAGAAGGCAGGCGCAAGAAUAUGGGGAAGAUGACCCACCUCAAGAAAUGACUGUCGAAGUACGCGAAGCACUGGUUGAGUUUCCAAACAUCCCAGUCCCAAAAAGUUCGAAUGGAGACAACUGGAUCAUUCGAAUGCCCAAUUUCGUCAAAGUUGACUCCAAACCGUUCCAUCCGGACACUUAUAUCGGACCAGAACAUGAGGAAGAGGAGCCUCAGCACGUCGAAACGCUCCGAGAAAAGAGCAUGACGAUAAAACUCAAAGUCGAAAAUACGUUGCGAUGGAGAUGGACGAAAGAUGCAGAGGAUCAAGACGUGAAACAGUCCAACAGUCGAGUGAUAAGGUGGUCAGACGGGUCUCUGAGUCUUCGUUUGGGCAAAGAACUCUUCGACAUUAAUAAAAGCAACGAUGCGUCCGGAGGCACCAACGCCAGUGGUUCAUCUUCGACUCCUGCGAAGACGAGCCAAGGUCUGACUUACAUCGUCGCACAACACAAGAGAUCACAAGUGCUGCAGUCCGAAGCGGUCGUCACGGGUUAUAUGACCCUUCGUCCUACAGGAAUGCAAUCAGAGACCCACCGGAUGUUAGUUCGUGCAGUUGGGCAAAAGCAUAACAAAGUGGCUCGUCUGAGGAUGGCACCUGAUCCAACAAUGGACCCUGAACGCGAAAAGGUUGAAUUGGCCAAACAGAGCGCGCGGAGGCGCCGAAAAACCGAUUCAGAUGGGAGUAGAAGACGGUCAAGGAAAGCACGUCACAGUAUAUGGAGCGACGAUGAAGAUGAUCAAGGCCCAAUGUAUGGCUCUGAUGACGAAGAAGAAGAGACACCAGGACGAAAAGCCAAGUCUCGUGUUCAGGAGGAAGACAAGAAAGCAGAAUACCAGCACGACGGCUUUGUUGUUGGAGAUAGCGAUGAUGAAGAGAACGGGUCAGAAUUUGGAGCUGGGAGAAAGGACGACGAGCUGGAUAGACUAGAUGCCCAAAUCAGCGAAAACGAAAGCUCCGCGAAACGGCGACGAGUCUCGAACGACAUGGAUGUUGAAAGUGAAGAGGAGGAUGAUGAUGAAGAGGACAAGGUCAGACCAGUCGGGAGGUCACGCAGGCGACUGGCACAAGAAGAUGAUGAAGAAGAAGGGUAG